UAUUAAUGCAGUAGAGAUAGGGGAACUAUUAUCAAACGAAACGUCGACACAUACACACGGGUAUUGAAUGGAGGGAGUGCAAAAAUGUGGAUAUCUUGAGGUUAAGGAACCAUCAUGUAUCAAAGGAAGAAAACUUAAGACAUGGAAAAGAAAAUGGGCUGUCAUGCAGGAAAUGAGCAAUUUAGCAUCUGGAACUCUAGCAGCAAAAUUGGAUUUCUUUCUGAACGAGGCUUCUUCAAAAACAAAUCCUCCAUCAGCCGACAAACAGACAUACCUUCUGGAAAAUGUAACAGCUGUUGAACCAUGUUCUUCCAAAACUCACAAACUGGCAUUCCAGAUCGUACAAACCACACCAACCCUGGUUCUUUGUGCACAGACACAAAAAGAAACAGAGCAAUGGAUAUUGGCCUUCAAACAAAUAUUCUUGCCAAACCAGAGAAUAACAGAAGAGGAUGGAUUCCCUGUUACUGUUGUUACAAAUGAUGACGCAAAACGCUGCAACAUACAGGGGGAAUACCUUAUGGUUGUGUCUCCGGAAGUUAUUUCUAUAGAAGGAACCAAUGGUCAGACUGGAAUGGAAUGGAGGCUGGACUGUUUGAAGCGAUUCCACAUGGAUACAAGCAGACAGCACAUUCUAUUUAUAGAAAGUGGGGCGAAAGCUAGCUGUGGAGAAGCAAAAUUCGAGUUCCAGACGACUCUGGUACAUGCGAUAUUACAGGCGAUCAAGACUAACAUCAACAAGGCAAUCGAGAUGAGGAAAAGGCGAUCUUGUCAGAGUCAGGAGUCCCGGGACAGAACAAUGUCAAUGGAACGAGGAUUUCACAACAUUUUGUCGAAUUCCGGACAGAGAAGUCGAGCUUCGUCUUCUGCAGAAAGCAACAAAUCAGUGCCUAGCCCUGUUACCAACUCCCCAACAUUGUCUCUCAAAAGCGCUCUAGAGAGAACUGCUUGCUGGCAAGAAAAGAAUGAAAAUUUCUCUAGACUUCGAUGUAAUUCUUUAACACUUGGAAGUAACGUUAGUGAAGAAAGAUCAGAAGAAAAUUCACAUUCACACACAAGGAGUCUUUCUCUGCAUGUUCAGUCGGAUAAGAAAUCUCCACAUCAAUAUGAUAUUUUGACAUUAACAGAUAAGUCCAAAUUGGAGAUAAAACCAGAAAUAGUUGCUAAAGUCUGUGUUGCAACAGAAGAUAGUUCUAAACCACUGGAAGUCAUGUUAGACAGUCAUGGCUACAGUCACAUACCAGCUAAUGUUAAACACAGAAAAGACCAUGAAUGUGAAGCUGGUGCAGAGGAAUCUGAAAUUCCAAAGACUACAUCGAGUUCAGAUGUAACCGAGAACAUUUCUCCCAAUGUUGAUGAAAGACCAUGCAUGGGCACAACCGAAGAACACAACACACAGAGUGAUAUGACCAGCGAAAACUUAGAAGAGAAACGUUCAUUUUCUAUCGAAUCACACGAUUCGGGUGUUUCUUGUCCUUCGAGUUACCAGACAUCCACUGCAGACGAACAGGCCCAUCGAAACAAGGAAUCGUUCGAUAGUGCUAUUUCAUAUUCAGAAAUAAGGGUCUCUAUUCCGGAAGCAAUCGUCGUCACCGACAGUGGUAAUUCUGGGUUUACUAGAUCUUUUUCACAGCCAGACAGUAUGUGCUUCAAUGAACCCAAAAAUGAACGUUCAAACUCCGAACCUACCAAGACGGUAGCCUGUGAAACUGGAUAUGCAAAUAUGGAAAGUGAAUACGAAGACCUUGAUAAAUACAGAAAGGACUUGAAAAAAUUUUUGGGGAUGAGCGAUAAACCUCCAGAGGAGGUUCCUCCAAGUUUACCUGAACGUCCAGCAAGUUUACCUCCAUCGAGGAAAGUGUUAACAGUCCCAAAAAGGAAAAGAGUCUCCUUCACUGCCUUUGGAAACAAUCGGUCGUCCUCGUCAAGUUCAGAUUCUGAAGAUGCAGAGCAUGAAAUAGCAACAAUCGCAAGUUGGCCUAUAGGACAAAAUACAGGUAGUAAUGCUCUGUAUGCUAGCGUUGAAAGAAAUGCGAAUGUUGUUGAAACGAAAACUUCAGAGUAUGAUCAAAAUCUAUACGAGACGAUACCAGCAGCAGUUGAGGAAGAACACAACGAAUCUCCAAUUUCCUCGAUCAAAACAUGGCCUCUAAAUCGUACAGCGAAAGCCAACUGUAAUCGUUUUUAUGAAUCUAACGUUUCAAUACAAACACCAGCAUUUCCAUCUGAGACUGAGGUGACAGAUUCUAAACCCUUGUCAAAGAAAGACCAAGAUGACAUAUCGAGAGAUUUUCUGACUGGGGAAGCACCGCAUAUAUCUUCCAAAGUGCUUCCAGUUUUGAACCCUACAAAGCAAGCACCUGUUGUGGACCUUUUAAGUGAGGAUAUACCAGACCAGUCCAAGAAAUUACCUGUUUUGGACGUUAUGUUACCAUUCGGUUUUGAAGAAAUUAAAAACAGUCAGCUUGGCACGGGAAUGUCACAGGUAAAACUUAGAAGACCGGAUGGAGCGGAAAACCCAUUCCCAAACAUAGCUCGCUAUAGUGGAGCUAUGGAAAGUUUUGCAGAGAACUCGAGAAAUUCAACCAGGCGAAAUUCUAACAAUUCUGAUAUAGUAACCACAGAAGAAGGGAAUUUUCAAAACAAAACUGAAGUUGAUUGUGUUCAGGAAGAAAAAGACUUGAUUGACUUUGGGGAUACAGAAUCGUCUUCUGAUCAGAAACCUGACACGGAGGAUGUUUAUAUUGCAAUGGAAGAGAAGGAACCUAUCUAUGUAGAACCUUCACUUUUACAAUCAAGUGAUUGAUGACAGUCAUAGCGUUUAAGCUUGCAAGAGUCUUCACGAUGAAGACUAUCAAAUGUAUAUA